GUCUCGUUCGGCCCGCCUCUUCUCCCGUCAAAAUUCGGGUGUUGUCGUCUGUAGGCGCACUGCCGAAGGAGGAAAAGGAAAGGGGACGGAAACUCGCACUGGUUAGCAUACAGCAAAAAAAGUCAGCGACAGUUAAAUAUUAACAUCGAACGUCAGCGAAAAGUGAAAACGGUGCGACUGAACAGCUCUAAAGUGGACCGUGUGUUUGAUGUCGAGUACGGCCGCUUGUUUGCUCCAUGUUAGUGUAGUUGUGACAUUGCCACCGAGGGACAGCUCUCCUUCCAGCGUGUGUUGACGGAUACAGCUUUGCCGUGCAAGGAGUGUACACUAAGUGUUGAUUGUCCAGGAUGUCUUCGAAGGCUCCCAGCUCCAAUAACAUCGCCCAUGCCAGGCGGACGGUGCAGCAGCUGAGAAUAGAGGCGAGCAUUGAGAGGAUAAAGGUAUCCAAGGCAUCUGUGGACCUUAUGAAUUACUGCAGCGAGCAGGCCAGAAACGAUCCUCUCCUUAUGGGCAUACCUGCUUCAGACAAUCCCUUUAAGGACAAAAAACCCUGCGCUAUAUUGUAGUGGCCUUCCCUCGGCCUUAACGGGUUUUGCGUGUUAAUGUUGCCGUGUUCUGUUUGUCGGGAGCAGUGAGGGGUGGACUGUGAUCGUAUCGUUACCGCGCGCUUGUCUUUUCUGUUAACAAAUCACAUGAUUGUCUCCAAAAUUGAGUAAAGAACGUGUUCCAAGGCUCCAAGACCAGUCUCUAAUCACUGUGCCACUGCAUGAACUAACAUCCUGGAGUCACCGGAGGCCCUCGGUUUAGUGGUUUCUCUCCAUUUGGGUAGCGACUGUUAUCCAUCUCAAGUCAGUAAUUCACCUACAAUAUCCACUUUAGAUGGAUUCCUUCAGGGUUUCUGUUGCACACUUAAAAGUGUAGCGUCCACGACAAUCCACAUUCCAUGUAGUCAUCACCGAGGAAUCUCGUCUUCAGUCCACUUCGACCUAUACAGUAUGUAAGAUUCUUCUAGAGAAGUCACUGAAAUUCCUUGGAACAAACCAAUAAAGCAGCCUUGAAGACCACCUACGGUUCCACCAUUUGGUACGCUUCAGCUUCAACCAAGCAUCUUUGCUAGCAUGGUGCCAAAAAGUCGUACGGGGGGCUAUUUUUGGUACCCUCCGACAUAUAAAGAGCUGAAGUGUGCUUUUUGGUGGAAAAAAACCCAGCCUUAACUACGCUUGCCUUGUAUUAUGAAGAACACUUACUGGGAGAACUAUGUUAUGUUUCUACGGAAUAUUUUUAUCGGCUGGAUAAAAGUGGUUUUUAACAAUAUUGUGCCAUCUUUGUGUGUGUAUGUGUGUGUGUCGUAAAACCUCUUAAAUCGUGUUGCCCGGUGCUCCUCUUUUCUGCAGUCGCGGUUUUGUCGCCACCCCUACACAGGAUACCUUCAAAUCAGCUAAGUGUUAACAGUUUUUGGUUUUUUUUUUGAACUCAUUGUCUGGAAUAGUCAACCACUCCCAAUUAUUUGCAAUAAUUCCUGUCAGCCGCUAAAGAAAAGUUGAGGUUUCCCACUGCCAUGUCAUCGAUUGUGUAACCGUACCACAACGUCUUUAUUAUGAAUUGACCAACCUUUGUAUGAAGAUGAUGAUGGUGAUGAAGCAUUCCUGCAGUACAGCGUUGUACUAAUAUCUAAUAUAAUAAAUAAUAAAGAUGUGGUGUGUCAGAGGAUACCUGCUUCGUGCUUGACUGGAGCCUAGCAUUGCAACUUGUG